AUGCAUGAUUGGUCGGAACUUCAACAUGAUCUACUAGUUCUAAUAGUUAGAAAUUUAAAUUUGAUUGAAGACUACCUUAACUUCGGUACUGUCUGCAAAUCAUGGCAUUCCCACACUGAAGAGCCACGGGCCUUUAUCAAGCAAGCAGUUCUGUCAGCUAAUCCUUCUCAUACAUCUGACUACAUUCUCAUGGUCAUUUCGGGACCCCAUGACCAACUUUGUUUUUGGAGACCAGGAGAUUUGUUAUGGACCAAUUAUAUUAAGGAACCGACCGCUUACCUGCGUUUUACUGAUGUGGUAUAUUCCAAUUGCCAAUUUUAUGCAGUCACUAGUAGAGGCAGGGUCCAAGUCUUUGUUGUUAUUGGCCAUAGACUCACUAAAUGUCGUACCGUAGCGCAAAUAGCUAAUCAACAUUCAGAACAGUUCUACAUCCUGGAAUCACUAGGAUCAUUGUUUGUAGUUAUGCAAAGUGGUAAAGAAAUAAGAGAUCCCGGAGAUGAUAAUGAAGUGCUGACCUAUGGAACAACACAUUUUCAUGUUUACCGGGUCAAUUUAGCUGCUCGCAAAUUGAAGGAAACCAGGGAUAUAGGGGACCGAUCUUUUUUUCUGGGUGCUAAUGCUUCUCUUUCGGUCCAAGCUGCUCAAUUUCCAGGAAUUAAGCCCAAUCAUAUAUAUUUUACAGAUAAUUGGUUGGAUGCAUACAUCCAUCUUGAAGAAGGAGGUGGCUUGGACAUGGGGGUGUUCAACAUAGCAGAUGGCAGUGUCCAGCCGCAUUAUGAUGGUGUUUCCCUCAGUCUUGUUUGUCCUCCAAUUUGGGUCACACCAACUCCCAGUUGAGUGAGUCAUCUUUACUUAUUCACUCUAUUCA